AUGUUUGCUAGUGUAUUAAAACAAACAUCUAGAGGUCUCCUCGGUGGCUCUAGAAUAGCCAUUCAAACACAACCAACCACUACCCUUCUAUCAUCAUCAGUUUUAUCCACCACCACUCCAUCCAUUCAAUCGCCUUUGCAAUCCGUGAUUGGUUUAAUGCAAAGAAGAUUCAAGUCUCUUGGUAACACUUAUCAACCAUCUACAUUAAGAAGAAAGAGAAAGUUUGGAUUCUUGGCCAGACUUAGAGACAGAAAUGGUAAGAAAGUUCUCGCGAAAAGAAAAUCCAAGGGUAGAUGGCUCUUGACCCAUUAA